AACAGGAGAGACUCCAAACCCAAACCCAAACACACACAUUUCUACCCUAGCACACACACCUCCCGCCGCCGCCACAUUUUCCGGCGACAAUUCCGAUGAAUAUCCGGCAAUAACCGAAUCCAAAAAUUUUCGAGGUGGAAUGAUCAGAAGAGAUUAACGGCCGAUCAUCGGUGGUCGCAUUCGCCAAUCGCUAUGUCACUGUCGUGCUCCGACCUUCUCUGCGGCGAGGAUUCCAAUAUCAUAUUCGCCGCCGGCGUGGAUGAAUUGCCGGAAUAUUCAUCGGACAUCGAUUCCGGCCCGCCGGACGUCGAGGAAUCCAUCGCCGGACUUUUGGAAGACGAGAGAGAUCUCGCCGGAAUCAAUUGGCCUCUCUCUCAUGAAUCGAUCGACGCAUCUACAAGAGCGGAUUCCGUUGCAUGGAUUCUCAAGGUACAACGAUAUUACUGUUUCCAGCCACUAACGGCGUAUCUCUCCGUCAACUAUUUCGAUCGUUUCCUUCACUCUCAUCAUUUGCCGAAAAUGAACGGGUGGCCGUUGCAACUGUUGUCGGUUGCAUGCUUGUCACUAGCUGCUAAGAUGGAGGAACCCAUUGUUCCUUCUCUUUUGGAUCUUCAGGUUGAAAGCUCAAAAUUUAUUUUUGAACCAAAAAAUAUCCAAAGAAUGGAGCUUCUGGUGCUAAGAGUCUUGGAGUGGAGACUAAGAUCAAUAUCUCCAUUUUGGUAUUUAAGCUUUUUUGCACUGAAAAUCGACCCGACUGCGACAUAUACCGGCUUCCUUGUUUCAAGGGCAAAAGAAGUCAUCCUCUCAACAAUGCAAGAGGUGAGCUUCAUUGAGUUUCGGCCAUCAUGCGUUGCUGCGGCAGCCAUACUCACCGCGGCAAACGAUCUACCUAAGUUCUCGUUGAUCAGCGCUCAACAUGCCGAAUCAUGGAGUGAUGGACUCGACAAAGAGAGCAUCACAAGAUGCCACCAACUGAUUCAAAAAGUGGCGGGAAAGAACAAACCGAGGAAGCAGCCGAAGGUGUUGCCGCAGCUGCGGGUGAGUGCUGCUGUGUCGUCUAGUGACACAUCGUCGUCAGCCUCCUCGUCGUCGUCGUCCACGCCACCACCGUAUAAGAGGAGGAGAGUGAAUAGCAAGGCGUGGGUGGGUGAUGACAAGAGGAGCUCUGAUUAAGAAAAAACGAGGAGGGGAGGGGACUAAAAUAAUAUAAUAAUAAUGGUGGUGGUGGUGGUCCAAGGUUUGUCUAGACUUCAAAUCCUCAAGUUUUUCUUUUAAUUCCAUGGGUGAGUGAGGGGUAAAGAAUAUGAUGUAGAUAAUUAGGGAGUAUAAUGUAUGGUAUGUUAUGCACAAGAGAGAUUUCAUUGGUCACCCAUUUCUUAGUGGGAAAUGCUACAUCUCGCAGAUUCCCAAGAGGGAAAGGGGGGGGGUUUGGUACAUAGUAAUUAUAUAAUUUCGUGUGAGAGAAAGUGAAAAUCAAUAAUUUAGUUGGGAGUGUGGAAAGAAAGAGAAGUGAUAUUUGGAUUUGAGUUUGGUGGGAUCCAGAAUCCAGAGAUAAUUAUUUAUAUGGGGAUUCCAAUAUCAAUCAAGAUUCAAGGUUGCUACAACGAGGAGAGGCAGAAAAACAAGACUACCGUUCCGUUUGUCAAUUUUUGAGUAUGUGUGCUUUUUUUUUUUGCGGGAAUUCUCCCUUUUUUUUUGUCCUAACCAUAUACUGGACUCAAUUUUUCUCGGGUGAAGAUCGAACAUAUGUGCGUAUAUGGAUGUACGCACAUAUAUCGAAUUCUUUUUUUUUCUUUCUCUGGCCGAUAAGAGGUGGCCUAACCAUACAGAGGUCUUUGGGGCCUUUUUUAUUUAAAUUUUGUGGAAUUUCUUUCA